UUUUGUAAUGAUUCUCCCAGCCCUGCAAAUCCAAUCCAUUUCCAGCUGUUCUCUCUCUCUCUCUCCAUCUUCUUCCCCUUCCAUCCCAUAUGUGUGUGUAUAUAUAUAUAUUACAAAUCUCCACUGAUCUCUCCCUUCAACACUGGCGACUGAGGGAGAGAGACAGAGAGAGAGCAAGCGAAUCCAUCCACCAUGGACCCUUGCCCUUUCAUGAGAAUUAUCGUCGGAGGUUUGGCCCUGAAGUUUCCGGUGGCCUCCAAACCUACCUUUUCCGGCGUCCACCCAGCCUCCUCCCCCUGCUUCUGCAAGAUCAAGCUCAGCAACUUCCCUUCCCAGAUCGCUUCCGUCCCUCUCGCGACCCAGAACGAUCCCCACUGCCCGGCCACCCAAGCCGCCUGCUUCAACCUCUGCAAAUCACAGUUCGAUAAGUUGGCUUCCAAGCGCCACUGCGUGAAGAUCGAGAUCUACACCGGCCGGACAGGGAACACCUGCGGGCUCAGCUCCGGCGAGCUUCUGGGGAAACUUUUGGUGCCUUUGGAUGUGAAGCCUGCCGAUUCAAAGUCGACUCGGACCUUUGUGAUUCAAAACGGCUGGGCCUCGUUGAAAGGAUCGUCCACUCAAUUGCAUUUGAAUGUGAAAGCCGAGCCGGAUCCAAGAUUUGUGUUUCAGUUCGACGGUGAACCGGAACGCAGCCCUCAAGUGUUUCAAGUCAAUGGAAAUAAUGUCCGGCAGCCUGUUUUCACCUGCAAGUUCAGCUUCAGAAACUCCGGCGAGCACAGUCUAAGAUCCAGAUCAUCGGUGAUGGAGCGAAGAACAUCAAAGAGGUGGUUGAAUUCGCUAAGUUCGAAGACAGAGCAAACGGUGAAGGAGCGAAAAGGGUGGUCGAUCAUGGUCCAUGAUCUCUCUGGUUCGCCUGUGGCGGCGGCGUCAAUGGUCACCCCUUUUGUGCCGUCGCCGGGCACUGAUCGGGUCAGCCGGUCGAACCCGGGUGCCUGGCUGAUCCUCCGACCCGGAUCCGGAACCUGGAACCCCUGGGGCCGCCUCGAGGCCUGGCGGGAGCCCGCCACCCACCACCUCGGCUACCGCUUCGAGCUCCUCCCGGAUGCCGCCUCCGGCGGUUCCGACGCCGUCACGCUCGCCAACUCCAAUCUCAGCAUCAAGAAUGGCGGCAAGUUCACCAUAGACGUCGGAUCCGGAUCAGGGUCUACCCCGGAUCCAAGCCCCACUAGCAGCCUGGACCUCGGGUCAGGGUCGUGGGCGGACCUCAUGUACCAGGGCUUCGUGAUGUCGUCUACGGUGGGAACCGGCGCCGGGAAGCACAGGAAGUCGCCGGAGGUGGAAGUGGGGGUGACGCACGUGACGUGCACGGAGGAUGCGGCGGCGUUCGUGGCAUUGGCGGCGGCGGUGGAGCUAAGCGUCGACGCAUGCCGGCCGUUCUCGCAGAAGCUCCGGAAGGAGCUGAGGCAGCAGAAGCAGGAGCUAGUCGUUUGAUUGAUUGGGUCGGGCGACGUCGUUUUGCUUCCGGGGGGGGGUAAAGGCACUGUUUGGUUGUUGGGUUUUGCUGAGCGAAGGAACAGCAGGUUUUUAGCUGUUUUCCACUGCUUGCUUGCUUGCUGCUGUUCAUGUUCUGUGUACAGUGAAUCACAGUUGGGUUCUCUCUCGUAUAGUUAUUUUUUCUGGGAAUCUGUAAUCUAAUGUUCUAUUUAUUCAUUUAUUAUUAACUUCCUUGGUGCUUGAGUAUUUUUUUUUAUUUAAUAUAUGUAUUUGAAUCCUA